AUGCUGAAAAAUUUUAUUGAUCAAUAUAUAUCUCUUCAUCCAUCAACAACUCUUAAUACUGCUUAUCAAGUUGAUCCAUUAUCUGAUAUAAGUAAAAUAGGAGAAGUAUUAAUCGAUACAAAAACGAAUGAACUAUACAAUGUUCGUUUGACUAUAACGGAUAUUAAUUAUGGUUUUAUUGGUUUAUAUAAUUUUUAUCGAAUACAAAUUAUUAAACAUAAAAGUUAUGAUGAUGAAAGAUUACUGAUGAUUGAUAGUGAACAAGCUGUUAAAGCACAAGAACAAAAACUUGAUGAUAUUCUUGAAUUAGAAUUAUCCUGUAAAAUUCUUCUAGCUGCUCAAGUAAAUUUAAAUCGAAUAUCACCAUUAGAUUAUCUAUAUAAAUCAAUAAAUUGUCAAUUUGAAGCAAUGAAUAAAGAUGAUAUUGAUUCACAACUUAUUUUACGUUAUAUUUGGACGAGUGCAUCUAAUAUUCAAAUAGAACAAAUAUUUAAAAUUGCUCGACCGAAUGAUGAUGAACGUGAUGCUUUCGCUAAAAGUCUUGCAUAUUGUUCAGGUGUUGGACAAGAUGAUGAUGAUGAACGUUGUUUUAUGCUUCUUUGUAAAGUAGCAUUAGAUAAUUCACAAGAAGUUGAUUAUAAUGAUGAAAAAUUAAAUGAACCAUUGGAUUUAACAAUAUAUCAAAGUCUUAUAGCAAAUGACCGUCAAAUACCUGAUCCUCAACAUACGAUUACUCGAAAUUAUGGUGUUCGAUUGCCAUUGGAUCAAUUGAUUAAUUGUAAAGAUUCAAAACAUGGUUAUCAUGGAUGUGCAUACAAUGAAUAUAUUGUUUUUGAUGAAUCACAAAUAACACUUCAUUAUCUUGUUCAAUUUCGACGAUAA